AGAUCGAUAGAUCUAGCUUGAAUUCUAUUUGUUGUUAUUGUUUUUAUUACCUAAACUAUGCCGAAGAAAGUUGUGGAUAAAAUUCGUCAUUCAGCUAGUCUAAUACUUCUGUCCAGGGAUACUAAAUUUCCACCCAGCAGCUCAGAUUAUAAUGCGCUACUCUUUACGCGUAACUCCAAGUCGACCUUCAUGCCCGACGCUUCAGUGUUUCCCGGUGGCGUUUGUGAAACUGUGGAUAGCUCUCCAGUUUGGCUAAGACACUUUAGUCGCUACGAAGGGAGUGCUGAGAAAUUAAAGAAAAUAUGCAAAGGAGCUGCGAGUACGAAGGGCUCUAAUGAAAACCUUAAUGCUGAUGUUUCACUACGUUUGACUGCAUUACGGGAGACUUUCGAAGAGAUGGGUAUUUUGCUGUGCCGCGAUCGCAAAUCUCUGACCAGAACCGAUGGCUAUGCACAAUUCAAUGAGCAAUUUGAUCGACAGCAUUGGCAACGUAUUGUCCAUAACGAUGCCAGCAAAUAUUUGACGCUCUGUGAAGAGUUGGAUGUGGUGCCCGAUCUGUGGUCGUUGCACGAAUGGUCUGCCUGGCGCACGCCAUCUACUUUCCAGAAGCGGUUCGAAACCGUCUUCUUUUUAGCUGCUCUCCAAGCCCAGCCGCAGGUGCUAACAGAGCCUAAUGAAGUGAAGGAUUAUAAGUGGCGUGCUCCUUUGGACUAUCUGAAAGCUGCACACAAGAAAGAACUCUGGCUGCCUCCGCCACAAUAUUACGAACUUUCACGUUGUCUCAACUUUCAGAAGUUGGAACAAUUGCGCCUGUUUGCUCAGCACCGUUCAUCCGAGAGAGACGUGGUCAUCCAUCCAGUAAUAUACAAAUGUACAGAUGGCUUCGUUCAUCUACUACCCGGCGACGACUUGUAUCCCUUAGAUCCGGAUGCGAGUAGCGAAAAAAUUGAGACCGGAAUAUCAAUGGCAGAGUUUCGCGCGCUGGCCAAAAAAAAUUUGCAUCGUUCCGAGCAUAAAAAUCAGCAUGAAUCGCAGCUGAUCGUCAAUUUUGAGUCAGCGGAUGGUCACGUUAUGCCUUUAGAUCCAAAAACUCAUUAAAUAUAUGUAAUAACAAAUAACUUUAUUAACAAUUUGUAAGUGUAACAUGUGUGUAAAGCAUCUGUUGCAAGUGUUUGUCCACUAUAAAAGACAACAGAGGCUCAAUAGGUGCAUUUGUUAGUUAAAAGACAAACUAUUAAUUGUUAAGUUUGAACUCCAAAAUAAAAAGUUCCACUUAUGCU